AGAAUCAAUUAGAAAGCAACAUGGAAGCAGUGACAGUUCCGCCAUGAAUGCAAAAUAAAUAGAAAUUGAAGAGCUGGAUGUUGGCUAAAGGAGGCUAGAAACUUCACAAUGUUGAGAGGGGGGCGAGGUGGCCGUCACAGUCCGGAGCUGUACCCUCACACCCUUAAGUGCUCUAACGCAAGCGACACAAGCUCCGCAUAUAGUGGUAGUGACACCAUGACUUCAGUACACAGCUCCCUUGACAUGGAUAUGGAGGUAGAUCUAUCUGGUCUCCUCGAGUCCAUUGUAGACUCUGAUGAGGAAGAGGAUUUAGAAGAAAGUAUGGACAGUCUCACAGUACGGGAUGCUGUCAGAGAAUGCCUUGAGAAAGAUCCAAGUGAAAGGACAGAUGAUGACAUUGAAAUCCUCCUGGAAUUCACUCAACAUUUGAAAGCAUUUACGAACAUGACCCUAACAGUACGUCGUGCACUAUGUGCUGUUAUGGUAUUUGCUGUUGUUGAGAAAGCUGGAACAGUGGUCAUGAAUGAUGGAGAGGAACAUGACUCGUGGUCUGUACUUAUCAAUGGCAAUGUGGGUAUAGAACACACAAAUGGUGAUAUUGAGUAUCUCAAUGUAGGAGAUAGUUUUGGUAUGGCAGAAGCUACUUUGGAAAAAUUAUAUCAUAGGGGAGUAAUGACCACUCGUUGUGAUGACUGUCAGUUUGUAUGUGUUACACAAACUGAUUACUACCGCAUCUUGCAUCAAGGUGAAGAGAAUAUCAGAAGACAUGAGAAUGAAAAUGGUGUUGUUGUUUUGAUUACUGAAUACCGAGGGGCUGCUGGGGAAUCGGGACAUCAACAAGGACAUGUUGUAAUUAGAGGCACUCCUGAACAACUGAUGCUUCAACUCAUUGAAGAUAAUUUGAGAGAUUCCACUUAUGUCGAAGACUUCUUAUUGACACACAGAACUUUUAUAGAAAAUCCUCUUGUUGUUGCCAAACAGUUGCUUGCCUGGUUCUCGGAACCAUCUGUACGUGAUAAAGUCACGAGGGUAGUUUUACUUUGGGUUAAUAAUCAUUUUACUGACUUUGAAACUGAUCCAACCAUGAUGGAGUUCUUGGAAAGUUUUGAAACAGUUUUGGAGAAAGAAAAGAUGGAGAGCCAAUUAAGGCUGUUAAACAUUGCUUGUUCUGCAAAAGCAAGAACUAGAAGCGUCACUCUAUCACGCCCAACUCGAGAUGAACCUCUAAACUUUACUAUCCUUGGGGGCUAUGAGAGAGGUUAUGGGAUAUUUAUAUUAAAAGUUGAGAAGCAUUCUAAAGCAGAGGAAGUUGGCCUGAAAAGAGGGGAUCAAGUUAUAGAGGUGAAUGGUCAAUCUUUUAGACAUGUCAGUCAAGCAAAAGCAAUGGAAAUAAUCACAGGUUCAACACAUUUAAGCAUCACAGUGAAAAGUAAUUUAUUAGCAUUUAAACAAAUGUUGCUAAUGCCAGAGAACUCUCCAAGACAGAGAGGAUGUGCCAACAUGGCACGUUGGCAAACUGAUCCCAGGGCUAGGUUGUCCACAGCUGAACUUUUCAGUGAUGAUAACAUUGUAUUAACUCCAGUUUUUCAAUCUCCCACCAAAAAACCUCAACAGCUCAAUGUCAAAAAAGAACCUCAAAAAGGAUUUAUGACAUUGGGGCCCAAAAGAAGACUUCAAAAAGCUUUAAUGAAAAUGAACAUACUUCCUAAAAACACAAUCAAUGAUGGUUUGCAUAAUGAUGAUAGUAUCAUCUCAAACACAGAGUCUUUGAACAAGGCAAACAGCAGUACUUCCUUCUAUAGUUCUCACAGUAACCCAGACCUCAUAUCAAUUUGUUAUGAUGAGUAUCAGGCAUCCGAUUACCCAGAGCAUGUGCUCAAAGUUUACAAAGCAGAUCAAACCUGCAAAUAUUUAUUGGUGCACAAAGAAACAACAGCUAGAGAGGUUGUUAUGUUAACAUUACAAGAGUUUGGUAUUACUGACCCAAGUUCCAAUUUUUCGCUUUGUGAAGUGUCUGUAGCACAAGGUGGAAUCAUCAAGCAGCAUCGCCUACCAGACCAAUUGCAAAAUCUUGCGGAACAUAUUGGUCUUAGUUCCAGAUACUACCUUAAGACUAAUGGUAUCAGUGAAACCUUAGUACCUGAUGAAAUGGCACCAGAACUGCUGAGAGAAAGUGUUGUUCAUUUUUUGCAGUUAAAUGCUGUUGAAGUAGCAGUACAACUGACUUUACAAGAUUUUUGCAUUUUCCGGCAAAUUGAGAGCACAGAAUACGUUGAUGAUCUGUUUGAACUAAAGAGCAGAUAUGGCACACCAAUGCUUUCACAGUUUGCUGAACUAGUUAACAAAGAAAUGUUUUGGGUGGUGACAGAAGUUGUUACUGAGCAGAACAUUGUGCGUCGAUCAAAAAUUGUCAAGCAGUUCAUAAAAGUGGCCCGACAUUGUAAGGAAUGCAAAAACUUUAAUUCAAUGUUUGCAAUCAUAUCUGGUUUAGGACACGGGGCUGUCUCUCGAUUAAGGAUGACCUGGGAAAAGCUCCCUUCUAAAUAUUAUAAACUUUUCUCUGAUUUGCAAAUGUUGAUGGAUCCAUCUAGAAACAUGUCAAAAUACAGACAGCUGGUAACAACAGAACAAGGCAGGUCACCUGUAAUCCCAUUCUACCCAGUAGUGAAAAAAGAUUUGACAUUUAUUCAUCUUGGAAACGAUACGAAAGUUGAAGGUAUGGUCAAUUUCGAAAAAUUGCGAAUGAUUGCUAAAGAAGUUAGAACACUCACCAACAUGUGCAGCUCUCCAUAUGACUUGUUAACUUUAUUGGAACUUGGCAAACAGCCUCCAUCAAAUGCGAUGGUAGCCCUCAAUCAACUUACAACAGGAGUGCAACAAGGACAAGUUACUGUCAAGAGAAGGAAAAAGUCCUCAAAUGUACCUAAUCCCAAAAAGAUGUUUGAAGAAGCACAAAUGGGGCGACGCGUAAAAGCGUAUUUAAACCGUAUGCAUGUUGAAACUGAUGAGGAAAGACUUCACGCGUUGUCACUGGAAUGUGAAGGAGCUGGGCCAGCCCCUGCAAUGCCUCGUCGCAGACAUCCAUCCCCUUCCUUGUCUACCACGAGCAGCGCGUCUUCCGCCAGCGAAAGCAAGAAGAGCUUUGCGGGAAAUAAAUUUGGCACUGCUUCGCCGCAAGCCGUUAGAAAGUUAUUGGCUCUCUCAGAGCCCGCGAAAACAAGACCACAUCAGCCUAGACCACCACCUCCACCACCCGGCCCUUCGCCUUGCUCACAUCGUCGCGAAGGGCCUGGGCCGGGGAUCUGCUGCCCCCGUACAGCUCACGAAAGGUCGCAUUCGGACACACCCACUCCUCUGCCAGUGGACCUAUCAGCAGAGAGCAGUAGUGUGACAUCACUAGUAAACUUGCCUCUUAGGAAGACGGGCUCAGCUACAUCAAGUGACAGUGGACAUGGAUCGUGUACAGCAGCAAAUUGCGCACGACCAGUGCCACCUCCACGCAUGCCGCAAGCGCCUUAUACUUUGGCAGCGCAAGUGGCGCGUUUGGAACGACUUAGCCGUGCACAUUCACACGAAGGCGUAACGCGCCCAACUUAUGAUUACUAUCACGACACGCCUGAUGACGAUGACGACGAUCAACAGGUGUCAGCCGUUUGAAUUUUUAAUACUCUAACUAAAUCAAUGUCUAUUUAAAUAACUAGAUCACUGUUUUUGUAAUCUCACUUCAUGAAUAGAAAGCACGAGUUAUAUGAAUUUAUCUUUAAUUAUUAUUAUUAAAAUUAUGUAUGUACCCUUUACAACUAAGUUUAAAGACUGUAUAAUUAUGUUAUUAAGCCAAUGUCCUAGUGUUACAUAAUGUAAAAUUCCAUGUUAGCCAUGCGUCUGAACUUUACUAUUAAUUAUUUGUAAUGUGAAUGUGACCCACCAUUUUCCAGUUUUUAUCUAGAAAUGUUUGAUGUAUACCAAAAUUAUAAGGUGAAAUUUUCGCGUAUACACCUUUGGUAUCUCUACAUUCCGUUAUUUGUAUAUUACAUAAUAUAAUAAUUUCUUUAUUUAUAUAAAUGUGAAACUUAGACCAAAUAAUAAUUAAUGUACCUUUUUAACAUUUAUGAUUCAGAAUGAUUUAAAUAAUUUUGUUAUAGUAAUUUGUGGUAGCUUGGUGGACCAAUUAUGAGUUUGAAUGUUAUUUUGUAUGGUAGCAGCUCGAAUUCUGUUUGUAUUAUGGUUUAAUUAUUAUCAUUGUAAAUAAUAAAAAUAUAUUAAUUACU